AUGGGGAUUUUGGACAAUUUAAAGUCUUUCGUUCACUCCAUUACCACCGACGACCACUACGCGUCGUACGGGUCCCGCUAUGGAAACGUGGGUAAUACUAACGACGGUUCCAAUGCUCGCCUCAAUGAGGUCCAUCGGUUGGCGACUGCAAAUUCAUCGGUACAAUCGCUUGUAGAAGGUGCUGGUGGCUCCAGAAUAGGGUCGCGUAACGGCAGCUCUGCCAAUGUCAACACCGUGGGUUAUAGGCCCGGAAUGCGGUCAUCUCGCACCAACUUGAACGGUUCGGAUGUUCAGCUUCAAAACUUUGACGCGUCGGGCCAGCCUCCAUUACCCUCUAUCGACUCUUUGUGGGCUCGUAUCGAGGCGUGGUUGGAGGAAGAGUACCCUGAACUUGAGGACAAUUUGAAUGACGGGGUUACCUCUGCCGAUCUCAACGAAUUCGAAAACGACUUGGGCUGUGGCUCGCUUUCCGUAGAGUUUAGACAGUUCUACAAAAAGCACGAUGGCCAACUCCGAGGCGGUAAGCCAACAGGCUUGCUCUUGGGAAUGCCAUUGCUUGACUUGGAGUCCAUUCUCGAAGAGCAUUUGAUUUGGACAAAGGUGGCGGAGAGAAUUGAAAAACAACAACAACUUGUUCUGCGGUUGCAAAGGACUGAUGUCGACCUGGAAGCAACCAGUUCGUCUAGUGCUGCUGCCAAUGUGCAACACCUCAACAACUUUGUUUCCAAUCAAAGAUCUAUUCCCACGAACGCUAUUCAGACGUGCUAUUCUCAUCGAUGUUGGGUACCCAUAACCAAGGACAACUGUGGCAACCAAGUUGCAAUUGAUCUUGCCCCAGGUCCAGCAGGUACCUAUGGACAAAUAAUAUUGUUUGGGCGUGAUUACGAUACAAAGAUCGUGGUCGCUUCCAGUUUCCAUGAGUUUAUUUUCAACUUUGUCAAUGAUUUAGAGCAAGGAAAUUUCCAAAUAGAUCAAACGGAAGAUCAGGACCAAUAUGGGUAUUUGGAGCCAUCGAGAAACGACGAUGAUUUUAUGAUUGGUGACGAAGAUGAAGAUCAAGGUGAAUUGAAGUUCUACGAUAGAGAUGGCAAAGAAUUCGGAAAGGCAUUCCAAGGUCGCAAUAAGCUUCCCUACAUUACCGUGUUAAAGAUCAGAGCAUUACGCAGGUUUGGUGUGAGCAACAGCCAGAACUUUAACACGUUAUUCACACCUUCACGUAUCCCCAAGAAACCGGCUGCUCCAAGCGGUACCGGGACGUCGAGACCUCAAAGUCCAUUUGUUGCAGGAAAUGAUGCGAAGGAAAGUCUCAUCAACAUGCAAAGCUCAAGCAAGGUUGCAUUACCAAAAGAAACUUUGAUAGAUGAGAACACCCCGGAAUUCAAGGUGUCGGGCUCUGAUGAAAUACUGGAACCCAAAGAAACUGUGGUUGACCCGGUUCCAGAAACCGUUCAAGAGCCCACCAAACAAGCUGAAGAAGAUAACGAAGAGCAAGAACAAGAUGCUGUACCAGCCGAACAGGUCAAGACUGAGGCUGAAGAACAAGAACAAGCCGCUGAACCAGCCGAACAAGCUGAAACUGAGGCUGAAGAACCCAAGACUGAAGAAGCCGAAGAGCAUGCUGAGGCUGACGGUGAGAAGCCCUUGACCAAGUCACAAAAGAAGAACCAGAAGAAGAAGAACAAAAAGCAAAACAAAGACGGCAUAGCAGAGGUGUCCAGUGACUUGAAAGAUGUUGCUUUGUAA